UGCAUAUUUUAUGGACUUCAAGAAGGUAUAUGAGGAAUUGAAUGCAAUUAUGCCUUUUAGUCCGGAUGUUAGAGUCCAACAGGCUCAACGGGAACAGAUGGCUGUUAUGAGCUUCUUAUCCGGUCUCCCAUCUGAGUUUGAGACUGCCAAAUCUCAGAUUCUUUCUGGUUCUGACAUUGGUUCCCUUCAGGAAGUUUUCAGUAGAGUUCUACGAACUGAGAAUGUCUCAUCUUCUCAGCACACCAAUGUUCUUGUUGCCAAAGGAGGAAAUGCAGAAAAUACAAGAAGGGUGAAUAAUAGGGGCGGAAACAGGGCAUUCGAAAAUCGUGGCAAUGAUUCAAGUACUAUUGUGUGUUUUUACUGCCAUGAGGCUGGCCAUACCAAGAGAAACUGCAGGAAAUUGCAAAAUCGAAAUCGGAGAAUUCAAACUGCCAAUGUUGCUACAUCUGAUACUGCUACGUUUUCAGACUCCUCAGACAAGAUCAUCACUAUGACAGCAGAAGAGUUUGCCAAAUAUUCACAGUAUCAAGACACACUGAAAGCAUCUACUCCUGUUAGUGCUCUGGCAGAGUCAGGAUCUUAUGACGAACCGGACAUUUGGUAAAGGACAUGUAUCUGAUGGGCUCUAUAUUCUUGACGAGUGGGUACCUCGACCAGUUGCGUGUGUUAGUACUGCCUCUCCUGUUGAAGCUCAUUGUCGGUUAGGACAUCCUUCUCUAUCGGUGUUGAAGAAAUUAUGUCCUCAGUUUGAUACUUUACCUUCAUUAGAUUGUGAGUCGUGUCAUUUUGCGAAGCAUCAUCGUAGUUCUUUAGGCCAAGGAUUAAUAAACGGGCUGAGUCUUUGUUUGAGUUAGUACAUUCUGAUGUUUGGGGUCCGUGCCCUGUUACUUCUCAAACUGGGUUUCGAUAUUUUGUUACCUUUGUGGAUGAUUUUUCUCGAAUGACUUGGAUUUAUUUUAUGAAGAAUCGUUCAGAAGUGUUUUCCCA